ACGAAUAAGGGUUGGGGCUUUUCUUGCCAGAGCAGAGAGAGGGAAGGAGGCGCUGAGAGAGAGAGAGAGAAGGAGACGCUGAGAGAGAGAGAGAGAGAGAACCCUAACCGCAUCAAUGGGUAAGAACGAUUUCCUCACGCCAAAGGCAAUUGCCAACCGAAUCAAAGCAAAAGGUCUUCAGAAGCUGCGUUGGUAUUGCCAGAUGUGCCAAAAACAAUGCCGUGAUGAGAAUGGCUUCAAAUGCCACUGCAUGAGUGAGAGCCACCAGCGCCAGAUGCAGGUCUUUGGCCAGAACCCUAACCGCAUCAUUGACGGCUACUCGGAGGAGUUCGAGGCGAUGUUCCUUGAGCACAUGAAACGGAGCCACCGUUUCAGCCGUGUUGCUGCCACCGUCAUCUACAAUGAGUACAUUGCAGACCGCCACCACAUCCACAUGAACUCAACACAAUGGGCUACGCUCACAGAAUUUGUCAAGUACUUGGGCCGCACCGGGAAGUGCAAGGUCGAGGAGACACCGAAAGGCUGGUUCAUGACAUACAUUGACCACGACUCAGAGACUUUGUUCAAGGAACGGCUCAAGAACAAACGGAUGAAGUCGGACAUCGUGGAGGAGGAGAGACAAGAGCAGGAGAUCAAGAAGCAGAUCGAGCUGGCUGAAAAAUUAAUGCCAGCAUCGAGAAAUGUGUCUGAUGAGAAAUCCGAGCCACUGCCUUGGCAAUCGGAGCCUAUUGGCAAGAUUGCUUUCUCACUUGGGUCAUCUUCGAAAUUGGUUUCCGUGGAGAAUUCUAAAAGCUCUAAACCAGUGUUUGAAGAAUUGGAAACUGAGGCUAAGGCAAACAAUAUUAAAAAUGGGGAUAACCGGAUAAAGGUUGGUGGUGUCUCAGUUUUGGAUGAUUUGAUGAAAGAGCAGGAAAUGGCGAAGGAGCGUAGCAACCGUAAAGAUUACUGGCUAUGUGAAGGAAUAGUUGUGAAAGUCAUGAGUAAAGGGUUGGCUGAGAAGGGGUAUUAUAAGCAGAAGGGGGUGGUUGUUAAGGUUAUCGACAAAUAUGUUGGAGAGAUCGAGAUGCUUGAUAGCAAGCAUGUGCUUAGGAUUGAUCAAGAAGAGCUGGAAACAGUGAUUCCACAGAUCGGGAGUCUUGUGAGGAUAGUGAAUGGAGCAUAUUGCGGGUCGAAUGCGAGGUUAUUGUUAGUGGACACUAACAACUUCUGUGCUAAGGUUCAAGUAGAGAAGGGUAUAUAUGACGGGCGAGUGCUUCAGGCGGUAGACUACGAGGAUAUUUGCAAGGUUAUGUAACAAGCUUCCUGAAAUGGCGGUUGUAGGUUUUCUGAUCAAGGCAGUUGGUUGAGGACAAUUUGAUUGGGUUUUUCUUUUAUCGACUUCUUUGUUGGUGGGGAUUUUCUAGCAAACACCAUAUGUUUGAUAUUCAGCAUAAAAAAGGAUCCAGCACAGGGCUUAAUUAUUUCUCUUUUUAUCCACCCCAAUUCACAAAUGAGACAAGAGUGGGCCGAUACGGCCCCGAUACCAAUACACGAUGUCAUAUUGUAUCAUUUUUUUUGCUGGGCCGAUACAGCGACUGAUACCAUCUUUCAAAACCAUGGUGAUGUUGCUGUUGAUCUGGUACCUGUCCCAUUUCGGCACAUCUGGCCUACCUUCACGGGUUCCUCCAUGGAAGUCAAUUCAAAAUGAGCAGAAAUGUUCAAGUUGGACCUAAGCUGCAUUUGGGAUGGUGGACAAGAUUUCCAUCACCACCUAUAAGUUUUGUCUUCCAUAGGUACCAGCUUGGCAAGAGCUGGCUGCGGUUCUGGUGCACAGCCUGCCAUAGGUCAUGCACUUAUGCCACCUCAUGCGUUCAGCUUCAACAGCCUCAAAGUUGGCCCACCACCAUGUCUCUCCUCACAGACCCACCGGUUACCUCCCUUGCAUGGUUGAUUCAAGAGGAGCCACUGUUAUACCUAGGUACGAGGCCAGUUGUUUGCUGCUCUUCCCUUCUCCUGACAAUGCUUUCUCAUGAACUUGAUGGGUUCACACUCUUGUCCAAAUGGGUUCAGGGUCCCACAGGGAGGUCUUGAUUUGAACUCAGGCCUCGUAUUGAUGGAUGGUGAGAGUAGGGAUGUGGGGACCAUGAGACAGCUGUUCAGUAAUGGUCGUUAGCAGCGAGCCAGCAUGGGGAUGGCACUGAAACCGAAGGAAUCAGAAUGCAGGUAGGAGCUGAACCUGAUCAAUUACAAACCCUAGACGUGGUGGCAUUAGUUUCUAGCUGGGACUGCUUUUCUUUUUUUUUUUUUCCAAGCAACUUGGGUUGUAGAAUGUUUGAAGAGGAUUCACAUGGACGGUCCAGAAGAUGGAGAUGGUGGUGGGCCCAUUGGAAUUGAGAGAAGGAACUUGGUUUGAAAAAAAGAAGAAGAAGAAUAUGGUCGGGUAGAUAAAUUGAUAAGAAGAAAUGAUGAGUUUGAUGGUAGUUAUAAUUGUUUUUGGUGUUUCAAAUGAAAGGGUCAUUUGUAGCAGCAGCAGCAUGUGAAAAGCUAAAAGCUAGGAGAAGAGUGGGGUGGGUACACACAAAAAGGAUUUGUGAUUAUUUGUGUUGUGGCUAACGCAGCCCUACAAGUUGCAGAAAAUUCUAAUAUAGCUGGCUGAGUAUUUGGAAGAUA